GCGGCGAUUGGCCGAAGGCAUGUGGCGCGGGCGGGCGCUGACGCGCGUGAUUGGACACGCCUUCAGGGGGCGUGGCGGGGAGGCGGGGCUCACGGAGGGGCGCGCUCAAAUAGGGCGCGUGGCGGGGUCCAGCCGCAUCGACAGCUUGCGAUCCAGUGUUCUAGGUCAGAGCAGACAUUUUGUCAUAAUGCCUGAAAUAGAGACCAGCCAUCUAGAUGAAAAACAGGUUCAGCUUCUAGCAGAGAUGUGCAUUCUUAUCGACGAAAAUGACAAUCAAAUUGGAGCUGACACCAAGAAGAAUUGUCACCUGAAUGAGAACAUUGACAAAGGAUUAUUGCAUCGAGCUUUUAGUGUCUUCUUAUUUAAUACUGAAAACAAGCUCCUGUUACAGCAGAGGUCGGAUGCUAAAAUUACCUUUCCAGGUUGUUUUACCAAUAGUUGCUGUAGUCAUCCAUUAAGUAAUCCAGAUGAGCUUGAAGAAAAUAAUGCCAUUGGUGUAAGACGAGCAGCACAGAGGCGUUUAAAAGUUGAAUUGGGGAUACCGUUAGAAGAGGUUGAUCCAAAUGAAAUGAAUUAUCUAACACGAAUUUACUACAAAGCUCAAUCUGAUGGUAUCUGGGGUGAACAUGAAAUUGACUAUAUUUUGUUUCUGAGGAAGAAUGUAACGCUGAAUCCAGAUCCCAAUGAGAUUAAAAGCUAUUGCUAUGUAUCAAAGGAAGAACUCAAAGAAAUUAUGAAAAAAGCAGCCAGCGGUGAAAUUAAGUUAACUCCGUGGUUUAAAAUUAUUACAGACACUUUUCUCUUUAAAUGGUGGGAGAACUUAAGCCAUUUGAGCCAGUUUGUUGACCAUGAGAAAAUACAUAGGCUAUGAAUUGUACAAAUGAAUUGAAGAUUUUCCUUAUAAGAAUGGGGUUUGGGUUGGUUGGGUUUUUUUUUCUUUCUUUCUUUGUUUUAAGUUGGGCUCCCUCUUAGGAAAAGUUAUUGCAAAAUGGUACUGCAAAUAAAACUUAAUUUAGCCUGCCCAAACAUAUGGUUAUGACAGGACUGACAUACAUAAAACUAUAUUUUACAUUUUACACACAUUUUCAGAACACUUUGCCACUUACCAGGUGUUUUAUAUACCAUUCAGUUUUAUCCUAUCAGAAAAGUGAGCAAAGGAAACUUUUCUUAGGUACUUCAAAACAGAACUAAUAAAUUAAAUGGGCAGAGCCAGGCAUGCAGAUCAGCGGUAGUUUGAGUGCUUAGAAGGCGUAAGGCCGUGGAUUGUUGAAUCUCCAAAAUGGGAAAUAAUUUAUAACAAUAAUAGCAGGCCUAGCGUGUUCAAGGGAAAGUAAGUGGUGUCUAGUCAUCCCCCAGUCUUCAUACAGAAUUAAUUUUCAGGCCCC